AAUCUUGUUCUAGCGUAGUUGCUAUCAAAACUUAACUACUUGUCAUUUCUUCUUCUUCUUCUUAUUGUUGUUGUUGUUGCAGAAAAUUAAUUGGAAGAUGGAGAGAAGCAAAGUUGGGUGUGUUUUGAUGAUUUGUUUGGUGAUGGGGAUUCUUGUGGGGGAUUCAGUUGGGCAAUCUAUAGAAACUUUCAAGCAAUGUUAUGCGUUUUGUUUCAUAACUUGUGUGUUCACUCCUGGAAAUGGCAUAACUACAUGUGCAACUAAAUGCAUCAAAGACUGCCUCAUUCCUCAUCCCUCCGAUUCCCUUAAACUCAAAGACCCCCAAUACUUCUGCAAGCUUGGCUGUGCCACCGCCUUGUGCACCAGCUUCAGCUCCAAAGACAACCCAGCUAAAGAGAAAGUGGGAGGCUGUGUGCGUUCCUGCUCAAAGACUUGCAACAACAACUGAUUGCUGAGAACACCAUAUACCCAAGAAGAGUUACAGUUCAUUAGUUUGAAAAAUCUGUGUAUCAUUUGUGUUGUUAACUUGUCAUCAAAAUGAAUAAAUCAAAGUAUGGUAAUACUUGUUUUCUCCUGCAUA